AUGAUCGUCAUCGUACUGCUCUGUGUUUUCAAACUGUACUUGGCUCUUACAGCAACCUGCCGUGAGCAUAGAGCCUUUCUCUUAGAGAGCGCGACAAGGGAAGAACAAGAAAGAUUCAACAGAGGGCAGAGAGAACUUGAAGCGGAUAGAAGAAACAAUGCAGAAGAAGAAAGACCAAGACGGUUCGGGCGUCGACGUCUCCCAGUGCAACAUGAUGAACGACGGUGUCUCGGAGUAAGUAUAACAUUUAUUAAUUCUUUUAUGAUUGACUUUAAAAAAGGCUUAUCUCGUCAGUUUCUUUGGGGGACUGACAUUUAAUGAGGGAUCGUGGAUUUAGGAGGCGCAUGCAGUUUAACAUAAAAAGAAGGAUGUAUGAGCAUGUCUUGACAGUAAGUAGUGUUUGUAUCGAUACGUCUUUCCUGUUUUCUUCUUUAGCUCUAAGAUUGUACAAAACAGUUGUGUUAUUUUACCAGUGACAACAUAAACCUAAUUGCAAUAACGUUGUCAAAAAUUCUAAAAAAAAAAACGAAAAAAAGAAAAAAGAAAAAUAGGUCUGGAAUAAAUUAGACAUGUACACUUGACACCAUUUUACAUCACAGGGUCGGCCAGGGUUUUUGGGUAUACGGUAUACCGUGGCUUUUUAGGGUAUACAGUAUAUUGCAGCUUAAAUGCGGGUAUUCGGUAUAUCACUUUCUUUGAAUCUUAGCUUCCGGCUAAGAUUUACUGAAACUCGGAUGGGUAUUUUCUUCACAAGUCAACCUUUUUUUCGGAAAACGUGUCUUUCAUUUUGUUUUACUUUUUUAAAAUAGUUUACUUCAUGUCUUCAUCUUAUUCCUAACUUUUUAAUAAGUGCUUCAAAUCUUUAUUCCAGGUGCCAUCAUGCUCAGAUGCCAGGGCAGGAUUUCGGUCGGACUUCAUGUGA